CUGGUUCGAAAGGCUCAGCAUGCUGGUGAUUCUCCUCAACUGUGUGACGUUGGGCAUGUUCCACCCCUGUGAAGACAUGGCCUGUGAUUCCCCGCGCUGCAGGAUUCUCCAGAGCUUUGAUGACUUCAUCUUUGCCUUCUUCGCUGUGGAGAUGAUAGUCAAGAUGAUUGCACUAGGGAUUUUCGGGAAGAAGUGCUACCUGGGAGAUACAUGGAAUCGCCUGGAUUUUUUCAUUGUCAUAGCCGGCAUGCUGGAAUACUCCCUGGACUUGCAGAAUGUCAGUUUCUCAGCUGUUCGGACUGUCCGAGUACUUCGGCCACUCAGAGCCAUUAACAGAGUUCCCAGUAUGCGCAUCCUGGUCACGCUGCUCUUGGACACACUGCCCAUGCUGGGGAACGUCCUCCUCCUCUGUUUCUUUGUGUUCUUUAUCUUUGGCAUCGUGGGAGUCCAGCUGUGGGCAGGGUUGCUCAGGAACCGCUGCUUCCUACCUGAGAACUUCAGUCUGCCCUACACGGUAGAGUUGGAAAGAUACUAUCAGACAGAGAAUGAGGAUGAAAAUCCCUUCAUCUGCUCCCAGCCUCGGGAGAAUGGAAUGCGUUACUGCCGCAGUAUCCCGACACGGAGGGAAGAAGGCCUGGAGUGCACCCUGGACUUUUACGCCUAUAACGACACCACUAACACCUCCUGCGUCAAUUGGAACCAGUAUUACACCAACUGUUCUGCUGGGGAGCACAACCCCUUCAAAGGAGCAAUCAACUUUGACAACAUCGGAUAUGCAUGGAUCGCAAUAUUUCAGGUCAUCACGCUGGAGGGCUGGGUGGACAUCAUGUACUUCGUCAUGGAUGCUCACUCCUUCUACAAUUUCAUCUACUUCAUCCUUCUGAUCAUCGUGGGCUCCUUCUUCAUGAUCAACCUCUGCCUAGUGGUCAUCGCCACCCAGUUCUCUGAAACUAAGCAGCGAGAGAGCCAGCUGAUGAAAGAGCAGCGGGUCCGCUACCUAUCCAAUGCCAGCACGUUGGCCAGUUUUUCGGAGCCGGGUAGCUGCUAUGAUGAACUUCUCAAAUAUCUGGUUUACGUUGCCCGUAAGGCCAGCAAACAGCUGGUCAAAGGCUAUAGAGAGGCAGGGUUCAAAAUGGGUCUCCUCUCCAGCCCGAGGAAUAAGAGUGGGGCCGAGAGGCAGCCAUGCAGACAUCGGCAGAGGAAAAGGUCAUCAGUGCACCAUCUGAUUCACCACCACCACCACCAUCACCACCACUACCACCUGGGUAAUGGGAACCUGCGGGCACCACGCGCCAGCCCUGAGAUCAGCGAUGUGGAAACCAGCUCACUCCACAAUGGCACCAACAGGCUCAUGCUCCCUCCCACAACAUCUAAUCCCCAUCCUGCCCCUAACGCUGCUGCCAGCAACACAGAGUCCGUGCACAGCAUCUACCAUGCAGAUUGCCACUUUGAGCCCAUCCACUGCAGGUCAUCCCUCCCUCAGCCUGGCUUGAGUUUACCAAGCCCAGAGGGGCUCCCCAAGAAUGUGGUUGGCAGGAAGGUCUAUCCCACCGUACACCCAAGCACCUCCCAUGAGAUGCUGAAAGAGAAAAACGUGGCAGAUUCUACAGUGAACCCUGGGGCCAGCAUGCUAACCAACCUUAAUAUCCCUCCUGGGCCGUACAGCACCAUGCACAAGCUCCUGGAGACCCAGAGUACUGGUGCCUGUCAAAGUUCUUGCAAGAUUUCUAGCCAGUGUGGGAAACUGGACAGUGGUUCCUGCAACCCAGACAGCUGCCCCUACUGCAUCAAGACUCUGGCUCGUGACCUGGAGCUCACGGACAAUGAGACGGCGGACUCGGACAGCGAGGGGGUGUAUGAAUUCACCCAGGAUGCCCACUACAGCGACCAGAGGGACCCUCAGCGAGGGAAAACCAGGGGCAGGAAAACCAGCCAAAUCCUGGCUUUCUGGAAAGUGGUUUGUGAGACGUUCCGGAAGAUCGUGGACAGCAAGUACUUUGGCCGGGGGAUCAUGAUUGCCAUUCUGAUCAACACCCUAAGCAUGGGGAUUGAAUACCAUGAGCAGCCUGAGGAACUCACCAAUGCCUUGGAGAUCAGCAAUAUUGUCUUCACAAGCCUCUUUGCCCUGGAGAUGCUGCUGAAAGUCCUCGUGUAUGGUCCAUUUGGCUACAUCAAAAAUCCAUACAACAUCUUUGAUGGGAUCAUUGUCGUGAUCAGCGUCUGGGAGAUAGUGGGACAGCAAGGCGGGGGUCUGUCAGUUCUGCGGACGUUCCGUCUCAUGCGAGUCCUGAAGCUGGUCCGCUUCAUGCCUGCCCUCCAGCGCCAGCUAGUGGUCCUUAUGAAGACCAUGGACAACGUGGCCACCUUCUGCAUGUUACUGAUGCUUUUCAUCUUCAUCUUUAGUAUCCUGGGGAUGCAUCUCUUCGGCUGUAAGUUUGCUUCGGAGCGAGAUGGAGACACCCUGCCAGACAGGAAGAACUUUGACUCCUUGCUGUGGGCCAUCGUCACGGUUUUCCAGAUUCUGACUCAAGAAGACUGGAACAAGGUCCUCUACAAUGGCAUGGCGUCUACCUCUUCCUGGGCUGCUCUCUACUUCAUCGCUCUUAUGACGUUUGGGAAUUACGUUCUCUUUAAUCUAUUGGUGGCCAUCCUGGUGGAAGGUUUCCAGACUGAGGGAGAUGCUUCUAAGUCUGAUUCUGAGGGGGAUCUUUUCCCUCAUAGCCUGGAAGAAGAGGGUGGACUUAAGAAAAACUUGUCAAACCCAGCCUUGAUGGUACUGAGUGACCUCCCAGAGCUGAAGAAGAAUCUGACCCCGCCUCUGAUCAUCCACACAGCUGCCACCCCAAUGCCAAUGCCAAAAAGUGCCGUGUUCGGAGAUGCAGCUCGGGGCUAUGAAUCUCGCAGGGCCAGCAGUGUCUCCAUGGAUCCCAAUGCCUCUGAACUCAAAUCACCGUCCAGCAUACAGAGCUCCCCCCACAGCCCUUGGAGCGCAGCCAGCAGCUGGAAUAGUCGCCGGUCAAGCUGGAAUAGCCUGGGACGGGCUCCCAGCCUGAAACGCCGGAGCCAGAGUGGGGAGCGCAAGUCCCUCUUGUCUGGGAACGGGAAGGAGAGUUCGGAGGAAGGGGAAAGCUCAGACGAGGAAAGGUCCAGCCGGGCUGGGAGCGUUAAUGGCUCUUUACCUCACCGCAUGGCGUCGCUGGAAACUAAAGGCUCGUUCGAUCUCCAAGAUACCUUGCAGGUGCCUUCCCUGUACCGAACCAGCAGCAUGCACAGCAGCCGGACCGCUGCAUCAGAGCAUCAAGACUGCAAUGGGAAAACCUCCCCAGGAGUCUUGUUACAGCAGCUCCAGUUGGAUGACGAUGAUGGUGAUGAUGAAGGCAACCUGAGCAAAAGUGAGCGUAUGAAGGCUUGGAUAAGGGCACACCUACCUUCCUGGUGCAAAGAAAGGGAUUCCUGGUCUAUCUACAUCUUUGCUCCUCACUCUAAAUUCCGUCUGAUGUGCAAUAAAAUCAUCACUCACAAGAUGUUUGAUCACAUCGUCUUGGUUAUUAUUUUCCUGAACUGCAUUACCAUUGCCAUGGAACGGCCAAAAAUUGAGCCCCACAGUGCUGAACGAAUUUUCCUAACACUGUCCAACUACAUCUUCACAGUAAUCUUCCUGGCUGAGAUGACAGUUAAGGUGGUGGCGCUCGGCUUGUGCUUUGGGGAGAAGGCCUACCUGAAGAGCAGUUGGAAUGUGCUCGAUGGGGUGCUGGUUCUCAUCUCGGUCAUUGACAUCCUGGUUUCAAUGGUAUCGGACAGCGGCACUAAAAUUCUUGGAAUGCUGAGGGUCUUGAGGCUGCUGCGAACACUCAGGCCAUUAAGGGUCAUUAGUCGAGCGCAAGGACUGAAGCUGGUGGUGGAAACCCUGAUGUCAUCCCUGAAGCCUAUUGGGAACAUUGUGGUCAUCUGUUGCGCUUUCUUCAUCAUCUUUGGAAUCUUGGGAGUCCAGCUUUUCAAAGGGAAGUUUUUUGUCUGCCAAGGGGAGGAUACCAGAAACAUCACAAACAAAUCCGACUGUGCAGAAGCCAGCUACAAAUGGGUCCGGCACAAGUAUAAUUUUGAUAAUCUCGGCCAGGCCCUGAUGUCUCUGUUUGUUCUGGCCUCCAAAGAUGGGUGGGUGGACAUCAUGUAUGAUGGCCUCGAUGCUGUAGGAGUUGACCAGCAGCCAGUUAUGAACUAUAACCCUUGGAUGCUCCUCUACUUCAUCUCCUUCCUGCUGAUUGUGGCCUUCUUCGUCCUCAACAUGUUCGUGGGGGUCGUGGUGGAGAAUUUCCACAAGUGUCGGCAGCACCAGGAGGAGGAAGAAGCCAAGAGACGGGAGGAGAAGAGACUUCGCCGGCUGGAGAAAAAGAGAAGGAAUCUAAUGCUGGAUGAUGUAAUAAUGGAGAGCUCAGCCAGUGCAGUGCAAGAAGCACAGUGUAAACCCUACUAUUCCGAUUACUCUCGCUUCCGGCUCCUGAUCCACCAGAUGUGCACGAGCCAUUACCUGGAUUUGUUCAUCACUGGAGUGAUCGGCCUCAAUGUGAUCACCAUGGCUAUGGAGCACUACCAGCAGCCUAAGGUUCUUGAUGAGGCACUGAAGAUUUGCAAUUACAUCUUCACUGUCAUCUUUGUCUUGGAAUCUGUUUUCAAGCUGAUUGCCUUUGGGUUUCGCCGGUUCUUUCAAGACAGAUGGAACCAAUUAGACCUGGCAAUAGUGCUGCUGUCUAUCAUGGGUAUCACUUUGGAAGAGAUUGAGGUGAAUGCGUCGUUGCCCAUUAACCCCACCAUUAUCCGGAUAAUGAGGGUGCUCAGGAUUGCUCGAGUGUUAAAGUUACUGAAGAUGGCUGUAGGGAUGAGAGCCCUGCUGGACACUGUCAUGCAAGCACUGCCUCAGGUGGGGAAUCUCGGUCUUCUCUUCAUGUUGUUGUUUUUCAUAUUUGCAGCUCUUGGAGUGGAGCUAUUUGGCGACCUUGAAUGCGAUGACACUCACCACUGCGAGGGGCUAGGGCGGCACGCCACUUUUAGAAACUUUGGGAUGGCCUUUUUAACUCUCUUCCGGGUCUCAACAGGAGACAAUUGGAAUGGGAUCAUGAAGGACACGUUGCGUGACUGCGACCCGGAGUCCACCUGUUACAACACAGUCAUCUCGCCCAUGUACUUUGUCUCCUUUGUGUUGACGGCCCAGUUCGUCCUGGUGAACGUGGUGAUUGCAGUGCUCAUGAAGCACCUGGAAGAGAGCAACAAGGAAGCCAAAGAGGAAGCAGAGCUGGAAGCGGAGCUGGAGAUGGAAAUGAAAACUAUCACCCCAGGUCCAAUCCCAGCCUCGGACCUCUUUGCAUGGACAGGCGGUAAUGGUGGAGAAAGGCCUGAGAGCCCCAGAGGAUGUACCAAUCCCAUGCAAUUCAAGGUGGAUUCUCAGCUCUCGUUAUUUUAUCCUAUGACUGAUCAUCUCUCCAAAGAUGACACCCUGACACUGUCCCCUAGCAAGGACUUGCUGAGUGUAAGAAAGCCUUCCAUAGGUCGCACCCACUCUUUGCCAAAUGAUAGCUACAUGUUCCAGCCUCCGUACGCAGGCUCCUGUGCCAACUCCCAAGCCGAGAAGAACGCAUCUCAUCAGAAAUCACAGUCAGGUUCAACAGCCUCCGUGCAGUCGCAGCCUGCUGACACCAGUUCUCUCCUGCAAAUCCCAAAAGAUCAUUUUCACCACAUAAGACCUCAUGGCAAUUUGGACUGGGAAAGCAAAGCCAAGAUCCCCCCAACUGUGCAUUCUCCGUCUGCAGAAAGAUUACUUCGUAGGCAGGUGGCAAUAAGGAAUGACUCCUUGGACAUGUAUUGCUCUGAAAGCAAAGAGAAUUUGCAUGCUGAGGGGAAUGAACUCUCUGAUACAAGUGUGCCAGCUGGAUCCACAGAGGACCCAUCAGAAGCAAGUGAAUCGGCCUGCUGGGGCCGAUCAAGUGUUCGCACUCAGCAUUCCCGCAAUCGGUAUAAUAUAUCCAAGCACACACCAGCUUUGUGUGCAUGUACAGGCUCAUAUCAAGAGACACUUAGAGACUCGAUGGACCAAGAAGUAUCUGAAAUAAACAGCUCUUUGGAGCCUUUCACUUCAGGAACUUGUACAGCCUUGAGUGCCUGUUCAGUGGUUCCACCUCUAACUCCCAAGAGGAACAUAGGCAAUAGCAGCAAUGUUACUUUGAAGGACCUGAAGAAAUACUACAGUGUAGAUACCCAGGGUCUUCUCAGAAAACCAUCAUCUUGGUUAGAUGAUCAAAGGAGACAUUCAAUAGAAAUUUGUUCCAUGCAAAACAGCCCUCAGCACCAUUCCACAUCUAGCUCUUCUGGCUUCAUAAGUCAGGUCUUAAGUGAAAUGGAAGGCUUGCAAGGAGCCCGGCAGAAGAAAAAACUGAGCCCCCCGUGUAUAUCUAUAGAUCCACCAGAUGGACAAAGUUUGUUACCUAGAGGAUCUCGUGGUAUUUCACCUCCCAGUGCAGACAUUUGCUUGCGAAGGCGUGCGCCAUCUUGUGAUUCCAAGGACUCAAUGGAUAUAGGAGAUUCACUGCUUCCAGACAGUAUGUCAACAUCUCCUACCCCAAAGACAGACUUGUUGACACUUCCUAGUUUUUCCUUUGAUCAAGCAGAAAUGGACCCCUGAAUUAUAUUUCUGUUGGUGCCAAAUGUUUUCUUCCUUUCAUGUAAUAAAAAAAAUACAAAUUAAAAACAAACAAAAAAACCCUCUGUAUUUUCAAAUGGCACUGGGUAAAUAUUUCCAAAGAAAGUUGAAAGAACCAGCUGGUUAAAGAGUGGUUAACCUAUAUCACGCUUACUUAAGCAUAUGUUCUGCUUAGGUAAAAGCAAUACAUUGUGCAGAAUCUAUAUGUAUAUUAUAUUUUAUUAAAUUAAUUGACUCUAGUA